AUGGAGGCUCCUCCUGGUAUCAACCCGAACGAUAGCCGGCAAACACUCAUCAUCGGCGUCACAUCAUUUGUGCUCUCAGUCGCCUUCCUCGCCGUAACGAUACGAACAUACACCCGAGUCUUCCUGCUUCGACAGUUUGGUAUCGAUGACGGUGCCGCUAUCUUCACUUUUACUUUCUACAUCACAAUCGUCUUUUACAAUGCCUCUCUUGCCGGCAUCAAGAUGACCUUCCUCUUCCAGUACUGGCGCGUACUUGCCAUCCAAAAGAUGAAGAAGGUCUUCAUCGCCGCGAUGAUUCUCGUCGGAGGCUGGAGCAUCUCACAAAUCCUCGUCGAGAUCUUUAUCUGCACUCCUAUUCCCACUUUCUGGGAUAAGGACGUAAAAGGCACCUGCAUUCCUAACUACCCCCAAUGGUACAUCAACGCCGCAGGAAACAUCAUUACCGACCUGCUCGUCUUUGUAUUGCCUCUCCCAGUCAUUGGCAACUUGAAGCUCGCUCCUGGCCAGAAGUACGUUCUGGUCGGUAUCUUCUGCCUUGGAUUCUUCACAUGCGCCAUUUCUUUUGUCCGAAUCCGAUUCCUCCACCAAGCUGAAGACUUUACCUGGGAAAACGUCGAGACAGCCGGUUGGUCUGUCGGCGAGCUCUGCUGCGGCCUGACCUGCGCGUGCCUCCCAACAUUCCGCCCUCUUGUAUCGAAGUUCAUCCCCGCUCUUUCAAGCCGCAUCACCAAGUCCUCCAAAUACCAAGGACAAUACGCCUACGGCUCCAGCAGAACAGCCGGCACCUCAAAGCACCGGGAUGUCGAGCUUGCCAUUACUCCGCCUCAGGGCAGCACAGGCGGCAGCCCGAACCGCUACUCAAAGCGAAGACCCGACUCCUCCGAUAGCAAGGCCGAUCUUUACGGCGCUGCGAGCUACGACCUCAGCCACACCGAUUCGAGCCGCAACACGCCGCUGCCGAUUCAAGGCACUAACCAGACGGAUAGCGAGAGCGUGCCCUCGCCGAUGAUGUUCCGUCAGCAACAACACGAUACGAUAGAUGUUGGUGGAUAUGGGGCUGACCAGACUCCGAUGGUGGAAACGCACAUCGAGGCGGGUCGGAGGUAUUCUGGGCCGGUGAGGAAACCGUCGGGCCCGAUUGAAGUCCAGCAUGACAUUGUGCAGAUUUCAUCACCAAAAGUCGUUGAACCGAAGGGAUUUUCAUGA